AUGGAUUGCACAAUGAAAAAUGGCGGCCAACUUGGAGCAAAUAUUCCAAGAUUUUAUUUUGAAUAAGAUUAGAGAAAUUGAAGAUCAGAAAGAAGACAAAGCUGCUGUUGAAGCAGCUGUCGCUGGCAGUGAAACAACGGCAGCAGAGAAAGGGACAUCAGAAGGAGACAAAGAGGAUGAGUUAAAGGGCAGCAGUUCACACAAAAAGCACAAGAAGCACAAAAAACACAAAAGUAAGAAGAAGAAGAAGAACAGAGAGAAGGAGAGCAGCUCUGAGUCAGACGGAGGUACCAGCAAAACAAGAAGAGGAACCCCAACAGGAGGCAGUAAGGAGCGAGGUGAAGCAAAUGAGAGGAAGUCCAGGAACCACAAACGUCACUCCUCAGGGAAGAGGAAGAAGAAGAAAAGGAGGCGGAAAGAUGAAGAAAACUCUUCUGAUUCAGACUCAGAGUCGAAGCAAAGGGAGAGUAAAAGUGGUCAAAAGUCAUCCCCAAAGUCACGAGAGGAGCUGCCUGAUAUUAUCCCAAAACAGGACAGCUCCAGUAAACUGAGAGGAGACAAAGAGAGGAGGAGCUGCCGUCGCUCUCGUUCACAGUCACAUUCCCGUUCUCACUCACAUUCCCACUCAGAGAGGAAGAAGUCUCACUCUCCGACACACAACCGAAGAAGAUCUCGGUCACGCUCAUUAUCGAGCUCAAAGCAACACCAGACCCGGUCCAGGUCUCCUGAAAAGAGAGAGUUUUUGGAUGGAACCAAGCAAGUUUUACAUGAGCCUCCUAAAGACCUGGAGCUACCUCAGCUGGCCUCCAGUCCUCCACAAAUAAACAUCAAAGAAGAGGAGGUGACAGAGUUGAGGGCAGAGCUGCGGAGCUCGGAGAGUCAGCUAGCUGCAGAGAAAAAGGAAGACACUACAGAGAAUACAACAGAAGAAAACGGUUCUGGUGCAUGCCAGUCCAGGCUGUCAGAGUCCAUACCAACUGAACCUGACUGUACCGCUGAGUCCCGCCCCUCGCAGGCUAAGACAGAGAUUAGAGCUACAGCAAAAUCGCCAGAGAAGAAGAAGAGAAAACCAUCAAGAUCUCCUCAGACAAAAAAAGAUUCAAAGUCUUCAAAGAGACAGAAACGAUCCAAGACACCGAGUCGGAGCCGCAGGAGAGGAUCGAGAUCAAGGAGUCGCUCGAAGAAAAGGAGGUCACGGUCAAGGUCAGGAGGUCGGAGGUCACGGAGGUCACGGUCACGCAGUCGGAGGAGGACAACAUACAGCCAGAGGGACCGCUGGAAACGAGAGCCAAGUCAUUCCCCUGUUCUCAUCCUCCGGAAAAAUAGAUCCCCGAACAGGAAACAUGGCAGCUCGAGCGACAGUCCGCAGCGUAUCAGUGAGCUUGAUAAGGAGCAACUAUUGGAAAUUGCCAAGGCCAAUGCGGCUGCCAUGUGUGCCAAAGCAGGAAUGCCGAUUCCUGCUGGUCUGAGGUCAGCGAUGCUGCCCCUGGCUCUACCCAGCAUGGCCAUGAACGCUGCCAUGGCCAGUAUGACCGCUGCCACCAUGACGGCUGCUCUGACUAACAUGGGCGCCCUGUCAUCUCUGCUACCACUGCCUUCAAUCACCAACAAACCUCCUGCUGCCGCGUCCCAGCCUAAUAUGUCCGCUCUAGAGGAGGUGAAGCGCAAAGUGGCGAAGCAGGCCAACAGCAUCAGCAUCAAGGAGUUCACUGAUAAAUGUAAGAUGAUCGUGGACAGUAAAGGCGAGCUCCCGGUGGCGUUGCCUCAUGUUUCAGAUGAAGAGGAUGAAGGGAAACCGUUUGGAGCAUCAGCUCUGAAAGAGCAGAAAGCCAUCAGCUUUAGCAUCAAUAAUACAACAGUUCGUCCUGCUCCUGCUGUGCGCAGCGAUGCAGGAAUGGCGAAAGAGUUUCCUGUUUCUUCAGGAUCACAACAUCGGAAGAAGGAGGGGGAGACACUGGGCGUGUAUGGAGAGUGGGUUCCUGUGGAGAAAUCAUCAGAAAAAGCUUCAGCACCAUCCAGAAAGGCAACGGCCGCUGUUCCCAUUGCCACAACCACCUCAUCAGUUGAAGUGGCGACCGGAGCGGGGUUACCGGAGGUCGAGGAGCAGCCGGCAUUUGUGUCUGAUAGCGACAGCGUUUUCCCCGACCCUGUGCUGCAGCCAGUGGAUAUUUCUCAGGCUGUCACUGAGAGAAUCAAAGCUCAAAGGCGAUUGGCUGAGAACCCCUAUGAUGUCAGUGCCAUCUGCAUGCUCAGUAGAGCACAAGAACAGGUGGAUGCGUGGGCUCAGUCCAACACAGUUCCCGGUCUCUUCACAGGUUCAACUGGAGCUCAGGUCCUCAGUUCAGAGGAGCUGUCCACCAGUGGACCUCAGGCGUGGCUCAAGAAGGAUCAGUUCCUCAGAGCCGCUCCGGUGUCCGGAGGAGUUGGGGAGUUCCUGAUGAGGAAGAUGGGCUGGAAGACCGGAGAGGGUCUGGGGAGGAACCGAGAGGGAACUGUGGAACCUAUCAUCAUUGACUUCAAGGUCGACCGCAAAGGCCUCGUCGCUGAAGGAGAAAAGCCUCAGAAGCAGACAGGAGGACUGGUGGUGACUAAAGAUCUGAUGGGUAACGGAUGCAUCCACAAACCAAGACACAGCACGCCACAGGGACUGGCAUUCAGGAAGCACCCAGUAUCUGCCCUCAUCGAGCUGUGUAACAAGAGGCGGAUUAUGCAGCCAGACUUCGUCAUGGUUCAUCACAGCGGACCAGAUCAUCGCAAAAACUUCCUCUUUAAGGUCACCGUGAAUGGUGUGGACUAUCAGCCUCAAACAGCCAGUCCCAACAAAAAACACGCCAAGGCCAUGGCUGCUACAGUUGCCCUGCAGGCUCUGGGAGAGGUUCCUGUUGAUGGACCGGGACUUUACACUGGCCCUGUUUUCACUGCUGCUUCUACUGGACCGCUAUUCUCCACAUAGACUCAGAGAGACUGAUUGUAGAACUGAAGUUCAAUUCUGUCUCUUUCUACAGUCAUUGGACUUUGACUCCUUUUAAUAACCAGUGCAUCAUUGCCAAUUAUAACUUAUUUAUAUACAGAGAAUGAAGAAACACUUUGGGAAGUUUACAUAGAGUAUGUUUCUGCUAAAAGUACGGAUUUUAUAACCACAGAAUCACAAUUUGUUUAGUUUUUUUGCUCAUAACGGGCAGUGGUGACAAAAGAAGUCGUCAUAUUAACGGUUGAAGGCAUGUACGUAUGUAUGUAUGUAAGAUACUGAACAUUUAUUCUCAUAUAUGUUAGUUUCUCUGCGAUGAAGAUGGAUGUGUUGACGUAUUUAUUCAGUCUCAAACGUUUCUCUCGGUCCUGAUGUUACAUGUGGCCUGGCCUCGUUUCAAUGGCGUGUUCCUCACUAAAGAGGCCACUCAACUUUAUGGAACUAACCUCAUACAGAUGUGUGUAAACAGAAAUAAAGAUUAUAUUUAUGUUGUUUAAAAAAAGAUGCUUUGUAACAGUGCCUGGUCAGUGUGACUGAGAGGGGAAGGCUGCAUUGGUAAAACUUGACCUUAUUUUGACAUUUUUAAGGUUAAAUGACAACAUUUCAGAAUAUUCAUAUGAUGACCAGGACUGUAUGAGAUUAGCUGAUAUGGCACAUCUCAGCAUGUCUUGGCAACAUUUUGUGAUUCUUCUAAAAAGCAGUCAAAACUUGACAAGGUAAACAAAAAUGUUAACUAAUGGAUCAAGUUUUAAAAAUCCUGCCUUUCCCUUCAUAUAUGUAACUAAAGUCAUGAGUUUUUAAGACGGGGAAGAGAUGACUUUUUCCUGUUCACUCAAGUGUGUUUUUUUUUCAGCUGCAGUGAUGAGAGAGAAUGUGAAGCCCUUAUUCCAGACACCAGCAGGGGUCACUAUUGCACUGAAAUCACCAUCAUGCUUCAUGCAAACACUGCCAGAUGUGUUUGAUAAGACCAAGCAGUGAAGCGGAGUGUCUGCUGUAGUUGGCAGGUACUUUACUCUUCACUUACUCAUCUGUCUUGAAGAAAAAUCUUGUUUAUUUCCACAGAUUAUGAACAAGUUUUAUCAGUGGGCAGGAAGAGUUCUGCAAGUUUGAGCAAGAAUUUCCUGUAGUUUUGAAGGAAAAAUGCAAUAUGAAAAGCAACAACCAAUACUUUAAAUGCUGAAGACGUCUCUUUUUGAUUAUAUUUAUCCUGACAGGACAGAGUACUGUGUCGGGAUUAUUUGUCAAUUGAACACCUGUAAACUUGUAAAGCUGACUAAGGAAAGAUCUCCAGUGGAGAUUUUCUUCAAGAACAGUCAAGCAUUAUUGAUAUAGCAUAUUUCAUAAGCAUCCUUUA